AUAUCUUGUCAUUUCCAAUUCGCUCAAGUACUCUAUCAAGUUCUCCUCUUGUGUGGUCGUUAUAGGCGUUUUACCUUCACCCGGACUGAUCCAAUGGCAUCCGGGCUUGCAAGAAGGCUGGAAGGAAAGGUGGCGCUGAUCACCGGCGCCGCCAGCGGAAUUAUAUUGGCGAGAAGACGGCGAGGCUUUUUUCGAGGCACGGGGCUAAGGUGGUGAUCGCCGACGUUCAGGACGAUUUAGCACAAAAAGUAUGCAACGACCUAGACGCCGAGUUUGUCCACUGCGACGUGACGAAGGAGCCAGAUGUGGUCAACGCGGUCAACGCCGCCGUUUCUAAGUUCGGCAAGCUCGACAUCAUGCACAACAACGCCGGAAUCGGAGGGACUUUCCGGGACAGCAUUCUCGACGAAGAGAAGUCCGACUACGAGCGGGUCAUUAGUGUGAACCUCGUCGGAACAUUCCUCGGAAUCAAACACGCCGCCCGGGCUAUGAUCCCUAAUGGGCGCGGCAGCAUACUCACGACGGCCAGCGUCGCCUCCGUCGUCGGCGGCGUAGCGCCCUACGGGUAUACGAGCUCGAAGCAUGCCGUGGUGGGGCUGACGAGGAACGCGGCGGUGGAUCUGGGACGGUACGGGAUCCGAGUCAACUGUUUGUCGCCGCAUCUCUUGGAAACGCCGUUGACCAAGGGGUACUAUAAGAUGCCGGCGGAGGAGUUGAGUAAGGUCUAUUCAACGUUCAAAGGGGAGGAGCUCACGGCGGAGGAUGUGGCGGAGGCGGCGCUUUUCUUGGCAAGUGACGAAUCGAGGUAUCUGAAUGGGGAAAACAUGGUUGUUGAUGGAGGUUUUACCAUUGUCAACCCGAAUUUAUGUAUUUACAAAUGAUACUGUGACUUGCAUGUGAGUGGAAAUAAGAAAAGCAAUAUUGGAAAUGAUAUUCAUACACUAUUUUUAUGUGUUUUUUCCUCGAAUAUUCUAAAUUAUAGUCAAUUUCCAAAAAUGUAAACAUUUUUAUAAAAGGACAAAAAAGUGACUAAGAAGGUCACAUGUU